UUCUUUUAUACAAAUGUUGAGCACUUGCUAAAAUUUGAAAGGUCAGGAGUUGGCCCCUGUUUCUCCCUCUUUCUUUCAGAUGUAAGAUCCUUUCAUCUUGCAUGUGGAAUUGCGUUUUCUAUAAACUCCAGAUUCUAUCCAACUUCGAAUUUUCUGGCAGUGGCAAAUGGCUUCAGAACCCAAUAUCUAUCAUUUUGAUGAAGUUGCAAAGCACAAGGAUGGAUACGAUUGCUGGCUUAUAAUCCAUGGGAAGGUGUAUGAUGUAACACAUUUUCUGGAGGAACACCCUGGAGGAGAUGAAGUGCUGAUAGCAGCUACUGGGAAAGAUGCAACUGAUGAUUUUGAUGAUGUUGGUCAGAGCUCAUCUGCAAAAGAGCUGAUGAACAAGUACUGCAUCGGGGAUAUUGAUGUGAAAAGAGCUCCACCCCCUGGAAAGAAGUACAGUCCUCGAGUUGACCCUCCAAAAGCAAUAAACAAGAACCACGCAAUCUUAGCGAAACUCUUACAAUUCUUGUUACCCCAUCUGAUCCUGGGUGGAGCAUUUUCUUUGCGAUCCACAUUCAAAAAGGAAUAGUUUGUGUGAUAAUUUUUCCUUCGAGGAGGAGCUCUGUAUUUGUUAUAAGUCCUAGCGCACAUUUUCUUGUUUCAACUGUUUUUGCCAUCAGCAAGUCUCUGUAUUUUGUUUCUAAAUUCUAAUAAUAAUUGGGCUUCUUCUUUCAUAUA